UUUUAUGACAAGGACCCCCAGCAUUGGCAAAAUCAUAACAAGUCUGUCGAUUUGCAUCCAACAUGGCGAACCCUAGAAAAUUUAGUGAGAAAAUUGCUCUGCACACUCAAAAACAAGCUGAGGAAACUGCUGCCUUUGAAGCCAUUCUCAGAGAUGUUAGCGCAGCAACGAGGGGCCAUAUGCAACAAAAACAGACCCAACAACUACACAUACAACAGAACAUAAUGCAGCAAUAUAGAGGGGGAUCCCUUCCGAACGUGAAUCAAAUGGUGAACGCGAAUUCAGGGCUAGAUCUACAGACUUUGCAACACAUGGAAGGUAUGCGAGGUCAGCAAGGUCGUGUUGAUAGAAUGCAUCCUCGUGACAGAGGGAGACAACAAAUUGGCCCUCUCAGAUCUAGACCUUUUCAAAUGGAAAAAUCGAGGGCUGAUUGUUCACCAUACGGGAGUGGAGCCUAUUUAUCGCCGCCACCCGAUACUAGUUGGAGAAGAUUAUUUCGGCACCUGAACGGUGUCAGUCACCUGUCGCGAACAAAUUCAGAUUCAGCAAUACACUCCAGUUCUGCCAUUGGAAGAAGUGCCGAUGGUUCUAGUCCAAAUACCCCACCCAUGCAUCGGAGAAUUCAUGAAGUGGUAGUUGGGGAUAAUUCUGGAAUGGCACCAGGGACCUUCCCAUGGGAUCCAAAAAAGCUACAACAAAGACCUAAGUCAUGUGAAGUGCCAAAUAUAAAUAUAUAUCCAUCUGGUGAGCAGGACUCCCAGAUGCACGUGCCUGUGGCUAACAACACAGGCUCGCUACCCGAUCUGACCAUCCUUCAGUUCCCAUCACCCCUCACCACGCCCAUCGAUAUUGAAGACCAGAACUACAACAAUAACUCUGCCAAUCUCUCACCAACCAGUGCUCAUCAUAUGCCCAUGGGGCCGCCACAGCACCACAACGGGUCCCCCGCACAGAGCCCCGGGAGCCGACGUCGUAGGAUGAAUGCAAGUGGACCCAGCCCACUUGUGUUAACUGGGAACGGAAACCAGUCUAUGAGAGUACCAGUCUCUCCUCCGGUGCAAAACAUAGUAGAUCCCACCACAUUACAAAUGGAUCCUCGAAUACGGCAGCAGUAUAUGCUAUAUAUGCAUCAACAGCAGCAGCGGCAAGGGGGUCAGGGGCAGGAUCAUAUAUCACCCACGCACUCAUCUCAAAGCCAAGUCGUCGGGCUUGGUGAAAGUCCACGUGUACCUCCCCCUCAUCUCGGGCCAGUACCGAAAGUUUGUGUAACGUCUCAUGAAAAUGAUCCACCGGAGCCAUCAUUGACACAGUAUAGAAAUAACAUAUCUGAGAGUGGGUGUCAGUCACCAACUUCACCACAUAGUCAACCUUCGUAUUCACCAUCACAAUCUCCCGGGUUGCCACCCACGUCAUGGAAUAAUUCUGUAUUUGAUAUAGACCCAUACCACUUACAGCAGCAACAGACUAACGCUCUUCAGCAGCAAUUUGAACAUUUUAACAUGAAAUUUGACAGAAUGGGGAACAGUACCGACCAUGAUCAGAUGGCAUGGGCUGAACUGGUCGCAUGGCAUCAAGUGGUUUCAGUUUGCAAUGAUGUGAGCAAGUCAGGUGUGGGCCUAACGAGCUCAGUUUCAAACUCUUUGCCAUACUCCCAGGCUAAUAGUCAAGUAAUGAGCCCCGAUUUUAAUCAUCAGCAACAUCAACAACAACAACAACAGCAGCAGCAGCAGCAACAACAACAACAACAACAGUACUACAUGGACAAUAAUGUCAGCUCUCAGUCACCCAUCAUCAAUAACACAUUAACUAGCUCAACUGCAAACAAUAAAAUACCAGAUAUAAUUCUAUCAGGUCUGUGCAGCAUGGGAGAUGGUUCUUUCGAUGCUGAUUUAUUCAGUGGGGUGUCUGAUGAAGCUUUAAAAGAUGGGUUAGUGCCCCUGGAUCUCGACGGUCUACAGAUGCUGACCGAUCCUAAUAUGGUGACGGACGCUGACACCGAGAACUCUUUCAGGCUCGAUCAGUUAUAGGACUACGGGAAGAAAUGAUCAAGAUAAAACAUUGUUUUUCUUCCUUAUUUUUUUCAUGAAAAAAAAUAAAUAAAUGAAUUCACCAUCAAAUAUUUCGGUUGAAGCAACUGGAAAGGAGUGAAAUGUUUGGUUGGGCGGUUUAUACUUUAGUAGAGGCAUUUUUACACAUGUGACUUUAGUUAUACCCUGCUUGUUUUAAGAGGAUAAGAGGAUCUUUGUGUGAGAUUGCACAGUUACAGAUUUAAAACGGCAGUUUGAACAAAGCGGAGGUGACGGGACAAGAUGGCAGGCUAGUCAUUGGCGAUGGAUGGACUUAAGAAAAGAACGCAUACUGAGUUUGUAUGUCAUCAGAUCAUGCAUAUGAAAGAAGGUAAAAUGGAAUCGUUCAGAUGUGAAAUUCUGAGUAAGAGGUUCCUCGGAGUUCCGUGAUUUGAGCAACCAAAACGUUGGUUCUUUUGAAAAAAAAUGAUUUAGAUAUGACAUGGUGAUGCAGAAAGAUAGCAUCUAAAAAAAAUUUUUUUUGAUAAGUGUUUUUUUUUUUUCGAAUAUAACAACAACCUGCUGUGUACAUUAUGAAGAGAAGAAAUGAAAGUUCUUUAAUAGUGUUGAAAGGAAUGUGUUCACAAUAUUUUGUUUUUUUUAUGUCAUAAAAAAAGAAUACUGUUUUAAUACCUUGAUUGGUCCUAGUACAAUAAUAAAAUGUAUUCAAUGUCGUUAAUCUAUCACCCCUCCACAAGCAGACUCCUAUUUGUACCCCCUCUAGAGACCAAAUUUUCAUUUGUGCUGUUGAUACAUAUUAUCAUGGUUGAAUCAGAAUAAGAAUGAUUCUAUGUGUUUAAUGUCUUUCUAGAGUUUUUUGUAACCAGUCAGAAUAUUUGUAGACUGGUUUAGUGUUUUAUUAGUUGGUUACACAGAAAUGGCUUCAUUUAAUGCAUGGUAAAGGAUUUCAGUCAAAAUAAUUUACAAACUGCUUUAUUUCAUUAAUUUGUUAUGAUUUCAGACUUGUUUGUUUUUAUGGACUUGUAAGGUUGAUUGAGACUGAUUCCAGACAGAUGUAAGGUUAAGGUUUUCAGGCUGGUUCCAUUUAGCCUUAUUUUAAAAGGUUUAAAUCAAACAGAUUUAUUAUUAAACCAGUCUGGUUUUAUAAAUCAGGGUUAAAUAUUUUGACUGGUUUAAUAUUUUUCUAUUUUUAUAGGUCCUUGUUAUCCUUAGCCUGGUUUAAGACUGACCAAGUCCAGUUGGAAUGUCUAAAUACAUUUAAGUGUAUAAAGUCUAAAAUUGAAUUGAUUUUUGAAAUUGAAAUUUGAAAUGAUUUUUAAAGUUGAAGAUUUUCUAGUUUUAUACUUACUGAACUGUUGUCUUCUCAUUGUCAAAACUGUUGCCUACUUAAUUUUAAAUUUCAAACAUUUUUCAAGUUUGGUUCUUAAUUAUCUUUUAUACAUGCCAAUAUAUGAAAUUGACGCUUAAGCCUGUAUGUUCAAGUCUGAUUCUUGUUUGUUUUUUGGG